GUCUCAUUGGUGGAUGUGGACCUUCGCUGUGGAGCGUCCCCGGCUCUUGAGCCUCUCAAAUCCUGUUUAGUGUGGCGUUCUCAGUUGCUCGUGGUUCUCAGGUAUUUUGGAUCUGGGGAGGGCGGGGAAGAGGACUUUCUGUGCAGCCCCCUAACCCCCGAGGGACGGCCUAGUCCUUUAACCUCAUCCAGCAAGAGUACCGAUGUCAGAACCACUGUGAUCUCGGACUCUACCGAAGAAAGCGAGAGGAGAGUGGUCCAAACCUCGCUGCUGAUUCUGUGCCGAACCUAAAGACGAACCCAUGUUACAGUCAAAACCGUGCGCCUUCGAAAGGCAGGUUUCAUUUUCUGCAAGGUUCGAGGCAGGACGCCUGCGCAAACUGUAGAGCCCAAGCUAUGGCGACCGAGCAUCCCCCAGCAGAGGGAGCACAGUCGGCCCUCUCUGCUACCCAGCGCGAGGAAGAGCCUCAGAAACCCAACUAUGCUGUCAGACUGACUCUUGCGGGGCACUCGGCGGCCGUAUCAUCAAUUAAAUUUAGUCCUAAUGGAGAGUGGCUAGCAAGUUCUGCUGCUGAUGCACUAAUUAUAAUUUGGGGAGCAUAUGAUGGGAAAUGUAAGAAAACACUCCAUGGUCAUAAUCUGGAAAUAUCAGAUGUUGCCUGGUCUUCAGAUUCUAGUCAUCUCGUUUCUGCCUCAGACGACAAGACUCUAAAGUUAUGGGAUGUAAGAUCUGGAAAAUGUUUGAAAACAUUGAAGGGACACAGUGAUUUCGUUUUCUGCUGUAAUUUCAACCCACCAUCCAACCUCAUCGUUUCGGGAUCUUUUGAUGAGAGUGUGAAAAUAUGGGAGGUGAAAACAGGAAAGUGCCUCAAGACUUUGUCUGCCCAUUCGGACCCUAUUUCGGCCGUACAUUUUAAUUGCAGUGGGUCCUUGAUAGUAUCGGGGAGCUAUGAUGGUCUUUGUAGAAUCUGGGAUGCCGCCUCAGGCCAGUGUUUAAAAACAAUUGCUGAUGAGGGUAACCCUCCUGUGUCCUUUGUAAAAUUUUCUCCAAAUGGUAAAUAUAUUCUCACUGCAACUCUGGACAGUACUCUGAAACUGUGGGAUUACAGCAGAGGCAGAUGCCUGAAGAUGUACACUGGCCAUAAGAAUGAGAAAUACUGCAUAUUCGCCAGUUUCUCUGUUACUGGUGGGAAGUGGAUUGUGUCCGGCUCGGAGGACAACAUGGUUUACAUCUGGAACCUUCACACUAAAGAGAUUAUACAGAAGUUGCAAGGUCACACAGAUGUUGUGAUCUCUGCGGCUUGUCACCCUACAGAAAACAUCAUUGCAUCAGCCGCAUUAGAAAAUGACAGAACAAUUAAACUGUGGAGGAGUGACUGCUGAAGUCUCUGGCAAUCGACGAGUCAAGCUGAAUUAGAAACAAGACAGAAAGGAUGACUCCUCUGAAGCUCAGCGUGGUUUUAUAGUUCUUUCCAAAUUGUCUUUGGUUGUAUGAGUUUGAGACAUUUUCAUUUGUGAGAUGAGACCACUGUAAAGGCAAGUCUAGAACCUGCGGCUUCUGAUUCUUAAAUCUUGAGACCUGUUGGCAAUCUCAUGUGUCCAUGCCUGGACAGCAUCUCAUUCUUUUUCUUUCCACAGCUUUCCCAGCGGGGAGGGUAUUUGGAAUAUUUAGAAGGUUGACAGAGCAGGAUGACUGUGGGGAAAAGGGAUUUGUAGUUUCUGGUUUGGGAAGUCAUUAAGGACAGCGGCAUGAGUUUAGGGAGGAAAUGAGAGGAUUGGCGAUGUCUUACAUGUCACUUGGAUAUUUUUGGUGUUAUUCUACAUGAUGGGACAUCAAAUUGCCAAAUUAGUCUGUCAAGUUGGGGACAAUAAGUCGUAGUCAGGUUCAUUCUACAAAUCUUAACACUUAGGCAUGUGUUGUGGGGGCAGAGGACGACUCUCAGGAGUUGAGUCUCCUUCCACUGUGGGCUCCAGGUAGUGAACUCAGGCCAGGCUUUCUCAACAGGAUCUUUUGUUAACCGAGCCAUCUUGCAGGCCCAGAAUCUUACAUUGUUUUUGAGAAAGGGUCUUGCUCUGUAGCCCUGUAGGCCUGGCUGUCUUGUAAACCAGGCUGGUCUCAAACUCACAGAUCCACCUACCUCUGUUUCCUCAGCAUCUUAAACUUUUAACUGAAAAAAGUCUCCUUAAAUACUUGGUUAGAUUGUAUCAUUUUGUGAUAGGCAAAUUACAUGUCAAGAUUGUGACCACUCUUCAGUAUUAGACCUCCUAACUCCUGCCCAACAUCAUCAUUCAACUCAGGCAUCACCUUAUAAAUACCAUGGUUGCCUGCCUGCCACCUCAGUGAGCAGCUGAGGUAGCUUUUCCCCCUCCUUUUUACAGUUUCUUUUUUUUUUUAAUUUUUUUAAAAGAUUUAUUUAUUUAUUAUGUACACAGAAGAGGGCACCAGAUCUCAUUAUAAAUGGUUGUGAGCCACCAUGUGGGUGCUGGGAAUUGAACUCAGGACCUCUGGAAGAACAGUCAGUGCUCUUAACCUCUGAGCCAUCUCUCCAUCCCCUUUACAGUUUCUUAUAAAGCUCAAAGUUUACAGUUAUCAACUUGCAGUUGAGGUGAUUUCAUGGGCCAUGUAUUAUUUAGACAAUAAACACUAAGAUCGGGCUUUAAGUUUUGUCUCUGUAGUCUUGGCUUUUUCUAGAGGACUUGAUAUUUACCGGACAAUGAAUGAUACCAUAACUUCAUUCCUUACUUUUUGUCAAUAAAUUUUAGUAAUAAAUUCUCCAGACUAUAAAAUUGA